GGGUGGGGAGGGGGAGAAAGAAGCAUCGCCCGCUCCGCAAUAACAACGACGACGGGCUCCGCACCAACCACCACCGAGGCAGACGCGGACGCGCGCGAGGGAGGGAGGGACGAGCGAACCUGUCGCGAUUCCGCCGACGACCUCGCGCGCGGGGGAUCUGACCCCUCCUCGCGUGCCCGCGUGGUUCCCCGAGCCCAGCGGGCGGGCGGGCGGGCGGGCUAGCGGUUCCUCGUCGCGGCGUUCGGCGAGGCGGUCAAUGCGCGGGGGGAGAUGAGCGGCGGCGGGGAGGGGGAGGAGGAGGAGGACGAGGAGGUGUUCUACGAGUCGCGGGACCGCGUCCUCUCCUCCUCCGGCUCCUCCACCUCCGCCUCGGACGACGAUGACCGCGCGCAGCAGCAGCAGCAGCAGCAGCAGCGACGCCGACGGGACGGCCACGCCCACCCGGCUGCGGCUGCGGCGCUCGACCUGUGGACGUCGCAGCCGGCGCCGGUGCAGGAGCGUCGCAGGAGGCUGCUCCAGAUGAUGGGGCUCACCGGGGACCCCUCCCUCGCGCGCCUCGAGAUGGGCCGAUCGGUCUCCUACGACGGGCCCGUCCGCCCGCCCUCGGUCUCGCCCAUGCCCCGAUCCAGAUCGGACGGCGCCGUGCCCGCCAAGCCGCCGCGAGGGGCCCGGACGUCGUCGGGCUCCUCCGAGGCCAUGCCGGAGGAUGACGACGCCGACCCCAGGUGCCUAAUCCGGAACCUCGACGACGGCACCGAGUUCGUCGUCAAGGAAGAGUUUGAGCUCCGCGAGGUCCGCACGGGCCGCCAGCUCACCCUGGAGCAGUUCCAGCUCUGCGUCGGGCGCUCCCCCAUCGUGCAGGAGCUCAUGCGCCGCCAGAACAUCUCCAACGACGGCGCCUCCAUGCCCAUCCACAGGUCCAGCUCCGACUCCAGCAACGGCGCCACCCGGCCCAGGCGCCGCAUUAACUGGCUUCGUACCAUCCGCCACGUCGCUGGCUCGAUGGUGGCCGGCUCCCGUGACCGCCGAAGCAGCGACGAGAAGGACACGUCAUCGGAGAAGGGCGGACGCCGCUCCAGCUCAGCCACAGAUGACAGCCAGGAUAGUGCCGGCGCCGUGCACCAUGGCCCAGAGCGCAUCAAGGUGCGGCCGUACGGCAAGUCGUACAAGGAGCUCAGUGGGCUGUUCAUGAACCAGGAGAUACGGGCGCACGACGGGCCUAUCUGGAGCAUCAAGUUUAGCCCUGAUGGCCGCUACCUUGCAAGUGCUGGGGAGGACUGUGCGAUCCAUGUCUGGGAAGUGUUGGAGUUUGAAACGAGACGAGAGGAGAAUGGGGUGUCUAAUCCAUUUGUUGCAGUGAUGUGCAAUGGUUCGCCAGAGCCGACAUUGGCGUUGGCCACUGUGGAUGGGAGCCAGAAACUCCGGGCGAGGGUCUCGCAAAGUCGGAAAUCCAGUAGCUCAGACCGGUUGAUGGUGCCAGAGCAUGUGUUUGGGCUGUCAGAAAAACCGGUCAAAACUUUUGAGGGGCAUUCAGAGGAUGUUCUUGAUCUCUGCUGGUCCAAGUCACAGCAUUUACUUUCAUCUUCAAUGGAUAAAACAGUAAGGUUAUGGCACAUGUCAAGCGUAUCAUGUUUGAAAACGUUCUCACACUGCGAUUAUGUUACAUGCAUCCAGUUCAACCCUGUCGAUGAUAGAUACUUCAUCAGUGGUUCCCUGGAUGAAAAGGUUCGCAUAUGGAGCAUUCCAAAACGUGAAAUUGUUGAUUGGCAUGAUCUGCAUGAAAUGGUCACUGCUGCUUGCUAUACCCCUGAUGGACAGAGUGCCUUAGUUGGUUCCCACAAGGGCAGCUGCCAUAUUUAUGACACAUCAGAUAACAAGCUUAUCCAAAAGAAACAAAUUGACCUGCAAACUAAAAAGAAGAAGUCCCGGCAGAAGAAGAUCACUGGAUUUCAGUUCCUCCCAGGGAGUUCUUCCAAGGUGCUCAUCACAUCUGCUGAUUCACGGAUCCGAGUUGUUGAUGGUUUUGAGCUAGUACACAAGUUUAAAGGUUUCCGAAACACCAACAGCCAAAUCUCAGCCUGCUACGCAGCUAGAGGCAGAUACGUGAUCUCAGCGAGCGAAGACUCCCAUGUCUACAUGUGGAGAAACGACGACGGCCCUGAGCAAAGAGGAAGCAGCAAGGGCGUCGUUUCUGUCGCGAAUUCCUACGAGUACUUCUACUGCCAGGGCGUGACGGUGGCCGCCGCCUUGCCGUCGACGGUGGGGUCAGCCACGACGUCCCGAACCAACUCCAGGAGGCGCGAGGAGCUGGAUUGUGUGUCCGAGUACCACCCCCUGUCCCACGCAGGAGACGGAGACUCCUCUGAUUUCCAGCAGCAGCAGCAGCAGGGAGGCAAUGACCUAAGCAACGGCUCGAAUCAUGGCGGCGACAGAGCGUCCGCGACCUGGCCCGAGGAGCUCAUGACGCCGACGAAACAGAGCCCGCGGUCCAGCACCAGCCUCCCCGACGGUGCCGCCGGGCAGGCUCCGAGCCGGUCGGCCUGGGGCAUGGCCAUCGCCACGGCAGGUGGUGGGGGUCAGAUCAGGAUACUCCAGAAUUUUGGGUUCCCCGUCAGAGUAUAGUAGUAGCAGCGGCCCUGUAGGAGGGUGAUUUUUGUGUGUAAAUAGGUUGGGAGAUGCGGUUUGUUUUGCUGUGUUUUUGUAGCGGUCUUUGAGUUCCGUGCGAUUGCGCUUGGGUUUGGCUGAUGCGUGCAUACUCGACUAACGACGGCCUUGUUCGCUUUUACUACUACGUGAGAGUGGAGCCUGUGAAAGCGCCUGCCGCCACCCCGGUUGGAGUGAAAUCUCUCGCCAUCCAUUUUCAUCCGCUUCUUCACUCUUGUCCGCUCUGGCGCUCCGCUCAACACAUAUUCUUGUAAGGCAAAAAUAAUAAUAAUCUCCAGUUGUAUACAUGUAUACGGAUGCAAAAGCAAAAGACGAGUUUUCUUGGUGGUGAA